ACGGUUCAAGAUCCAGUCAUGUGAAGGGUUAUCCUGGGGUUCUCCCCCCUCCUGCACGCACCAGUCGCUAUUUAUACACGGGAAUCGAAAUGUUACCGGUCGACCGCCGCUUUCCUUGAGCGCAGAGCCUGAGCUGCAACCUGCAAACAGUGCCGGUGGAUUUGCUGUGAGGAGUUUGACUGAGAGAAUGACCCCCUUUCUUUUUCAUGUCAGAUUAUAUCUCCCCUCCACCAGAAGCUUGUAGAGUUAUUCCUUAUCCGAUUUAAACCCUAUUUACAAGUCUAGCCAAUGCGUAGCGCACGGGCUCAUAUUCCAGAGUAGAUUCUUCGCUCUGGCAGAGGCACCUGAGGAAUCUGCGAGCUGGACAGAAGCGCCUAACCUGCCUCGUGAGUUUACGAGUGCACGCCACACACCGUCCCAUCGGCUUUCAGCGCAGAUUGACCAAUUUGUUAUCGAUGGAGCAACGUGAAGUACAAAAGUGCGACGUACCCGACUUGAGUUGGGGCUCGCUCGUCUUGGUGCAAAGCCCCCCAGAUCAUGCUCGCCUAUAACGAUCAGACGACUCCAACACGUGCUGUCAUAUCGCGCUGGCUCAGUUCCAAAAUUAAUACCAGAUUAUACUUUGGCUGGGUUGAAGUGACUUGUUAAUAAGAAAAGCCGACAGAGAGUUUGCUCGCUGUUCUCCGUUGCAAGUUGUCUCACGACUACCGCCAACAAUGCGAUUAAAAGGAUUAUUGCUCAUAUUUAUUUGGGGAGCAUUUUCCGCUUAUUAUAUUUAUACACCUGUCCCGGAAGAUAUUGAAGAACGAUGGAAACUUAUGCUCACUGACUGUUUCUUCAGGACACUCAGUCACCUGGCAGACUUUAGUGAGCUGCUGGGCCUGAGGGACUACAUGGGGGUGAUGAUGUUCAUCACGGUGGCCGAGGCGGUGGUGCCCGUGUCGGACCAGCAGGUGCGGGUCACAGAGGAGCACUUCGAUGGUGUGGAGGUGGUGGUGUACCAACCCGCCCUGCAGGGCGGCGACAGCGCGGAUGCAGAUGCGGAUGCGGAUGCGGAUGCGGAUGCGGAGCUGAGGAGAGGCCUCGUCUACUUCCACGGAGGGGGAUGGUGUCUCGGAAGCUCCAGAAUGAGUCCCUAUGAUCUUCUUGCUCGUCAGAUGGUCACAGAGCUCAAUGCAGUCGUUGUGUCUGUGGAAUACCGCUUGGCCCCAGCACAUCACUUCCCGGUGCAGUUUGAGGACGUGUACCACGUGGUCAAGCACUUCCUUCAGGAGGAGGUCCUGGCACAGUACCGGGUGGACCCAGGCAGGAUCGCUGUUUCUGGGGACAGUGCCGGAGGAAACCUGGCAGCCGCAGUGGCUCAACAGUGGCAACAGGAUCCAGAACAGAAGAUUGAUCUGAAGGCCCAAGUUCUGCUCUACCCAGCCGUGCAAGCCCUGGAUCUCAACACCCCAUCCUACCUGCAGAACCAACACAUGCCCAUCCUGCCUCGCACGCUCAUGGUGCGCUUCUGGAGCGAGUACUUCACCAGCGACAAGUCAUUCUUCCAGGCCAUGCUCGCCAACAAGCACAACGGCCCCGAGUCGGCGUCUUUGCUGAAGUUCGUGGACUGGGGCGCUUUCCUGCCGGAGCACUUCCGCGGUGGGUACAACUAUACAGCGCCUCCGGUGGUCUCCGCGACACCGCCUAGUACUCAAGGUGACAGUCCGCUGCGCAACAUGGGCGACCCAAGGGCCUCGCCGUUGCUGGUACCGGACACCGCCCUGAGGAACCUGCCCCGCGCCUACAUAUUGACGUGCGAGUAUGACGUGCUGCGCGACGACGGGGUGAUGUACGCCAUGCGCCUGAAACGCGCCGGUGUCGAUGUGACGCACGAACACUACCCGGGCGGGUUCCACGGCGCACUCAUGUUCACCACGUGGCCGGCGGAAUUUGAGAUCGCUCAUCGCAUGACAGACAACUUGAUAGGCUGGCUGAAACACAACCUCUGAACAUGUUCGCCUUCACGUCCCCACCAUAGACGUCAAAAAUAUAAAUACAUAAACAUACGUGCAUAUGUAAACAACGUACAAAUAUUUCAAUUCCUGCUCAUCUUUAUCCCAUUCCUCAUGCUGCUUUGUGUACAUUAAGUUUGCCACUGGCUUUUCAGUCUACGUUUGAGUUAUGUAGUUGUGGUUUCAUUGUACUUUGUAGGUCCUUCCAAAGAGCAUUGCUUUACCUAUUUUUAAAAGGGCCUACGUAGCUUGCGUCGUAGUGUUGCACGAGAUGCAUUAUUUGUAGAGAGACACUUCUUAGAUAUCAGUGACAUUUUGGAUAUAUUUUCAACUUUUUACCGCUGCUUUGGACAUAAACAAACCAUAAAAGGAUACUCUUGAGCCCGAUUCGCGCGGGAUAAAUAUUACCUAUGGACCCCUGGUAAUUCGCAAUUACGGGGCGCAUUCAGACGGGAUAAAUAAACGUUGGUUAUUUACUCAAUUCACAGACAUUGUAGGGGGGUGCAAACGGCACGCCUAUGUGAAAUUACCCCAGGACGUCUGUGUUUCGCCGAAAUACAGUAGGUAAUUUGCGGCGGAAUUAUUACCUCACAAAUCGCGGACAUGGCACAUUCACACAGGACUAAGAACUCAGACAUUCUCUGUAAUUAUUCCGAAUUACCGGGAGUCCAUAGGUAAUAAAAGUCCCGUCUGAAUCAGGCUUUAUUUCAUGUUCUUUGUUUACAGACUCUUGUGACACACUCCACCACUGUGGUUGUUAAUCACGUGUAAGUAGUUCAUUGUAUGUUUCCACUGUGAUUUUGAUUUAUGUUACCGUAGUUCAAGUUGUACUUUGCUGUACAUUUUAGUGUCCUUGUUACAUCAAUUAGGCACAGGUCAACAAAGUGUGUAAUAUGUACACAUACCUAACAGUAACCAAAAAACCUAACCCUUUUAAGCUGUAGUGGACGUAUAUACUUCUUGUAACGUGUAAUACAUGUACAUACAGUAAAGAGUAAAUCAAUGUG